UCUCGAUCUCAGUCUCUCCCUUGUGGUCGAGCAUCUUCAAUGUUGAAUGCCGAAACCCUAAUUAGGGUUUUACAAUGGUGAAUCCCUAAUUAGUAAUUUUCAAAAUAAAUACCUAAUUUUCAAUCUCUCUCUCUCUUUUAAUGGGAAAUGUGUGCAAGUUCUGGAUCAUCUCCCUGCCAUGAUUAAGCUGUGGACUAACGUUGGGGCAUGUCCACUCAUCAAGUGGACCAUCUGUCUAUGAAGAAACGGACGGUUUAAAAAAAAUGAGCAAUGGUCCACAUUUGACACGCAGGCAAGGGCCCACCGAUAAUUGGAGCGGCCCACCUUUUGGGCCAUACAGAGCAGCCCAUCUGAUGAACAUCCGGAUCAUGCCAAGGGAAUGACAUGAUUCAAAAUCCCACAUCAAUAGCCAUAACUGAGCUCUACAAGAGAAGUCGUGUCUGGCAUACAAUCCAGGCUCCAGAGUUUGGAUGGUUCCGAUUAUCUGAUCAUUUCAGCAUAUGAGACCCAACACCGAAACGGGAUUUGCUAAGUGUUGCCAUUGCAGCACAUGGCAGAUGAAUGGUUCGGAUCAAUGAAAUGCGGGCUCCACCUCUACGGAGUGCUGAACCAAGUAUUAUGAACUAGGGAUGUUGCAUAUUUUGUCAGGAACGGUUCUCGUUGGAUUGGAUGCGUUUUUCCCACAAUUUGGAUUGAGGAUUCAAGAUUUUAAUGUCUUUCUUGAUUUCCUCCAGUUAUUGCUUAUGGUGUUUGUCACUAAGAAGAAACUAGCCAUGGUCGUGAGAUAAAGAUGAGGCGAAGGAAAUGCAGGGUUUGGUGGCCCGAGCUGCUCUUAUCUUGCAAACCCAACUCUGCCCUCCUCCUUUUUGGUUGGUUUGUCCCCUCCUCUUGCACUUCCAUUGAUGUUGUUGUAGCAACUGCAGCUCCUCUGGAUCAGAUCUUGCUCAUGCGCUCCCAAGCUGAUCUUCAGGAAAUCCUUCGUUAUGCAAAUGGAAAAAUGCCAACAAUGCUACAGGAUUGCUCAAUGUUCUCUAUGCUGGGAUUCUUAGUCGAUUACCACUAUGAAUGUCAGAAAAUGAUGGACAAUCAAAAGAAUGAUCUUGAUUGUGAUAGUUUUACUCAGACAUCGCAAAGUUUUCAAAUGGACUUUACUGCCUCAAAGGCCACCAAUUAUGGAAGAUUAUGUCCACAACGUGAUCAAGAGAUAUUCGGAAAUGCAGCAUCUACAGUAGAUUGUGGAAGAUGGCAAUGUGGUUGCCACAAGCUAGAUAGAUUUGUAGAACAGUACAGACAAUAUUCUAUUAACAAUGGUAACUGGGUCCAGCUAAGCUCCAGUUCACAAGGGUUUCUUUGUAAAAAGAUUGGUUGGAUUCCCGAUUUGCAUCACAUGCAUUGCAAUGGGGAUCUAUUAUCUACUCGUGAUGCUCACGUGAUAAUUUAUGAGCCGCCGACUUUUGGCAUACACCAUUUCUCGUUGAGUUCUUGGAAUUCUUCAGAGCAUGCUAAAACUCCCUUCAAAAGACCUAAGUGGGUUGAUGAACUCUACCAAAAACAGCCAUUCUCUGACUUGGAUAUAGUCUUUUUGGCACUCAACAGUGCAUCUGCUGCGAAGGCAUUCUUUGAGGGUAGUCUAGGCCCCAGAAGUUCCUUUCAACAGUUUCCAAUUAUUUCCAUGUUGGUAGCUGUUGCAUGGCGUUCAAUAGCCAUGUUUGUGGCUUCAUUCUUCACUUUCUUCUACGUCAUUCUUCAUGUAUGUCAUGGGUUCCUCAGUAAUGCAUCACUAUCAUCGAUUUGCAUGGUGGUAGAGAAAGUAUUCAGCCAUACGUGGAAGAAUGUGCAUAUCCGCAGUUGUCAGCUUCUGUAUUGGCCUAUCUCCCUUCAAGGUAGUGGCUCAAGGUUGAAAUCAAGUGUGGAAUAUGCACAUAGAGCUGCAUUACGCCAUCAUUCUAUCUGGUCGAGUAUUUUCAUCGAUGUUCUUUUGGGGAAUGUUGUUGGCUGGGCACUGUUACUUUAUAGGGAAGCUGUGUACUUCUGGAUUUUGCACUUAGUCGGCAAUGUUACAAAUAAUCUAUUGCGUUCAGGAUGCGUGUGGCUGAUGGGUGUUCCAGCUGGUUUUAAGUUGAAUACUGAGCUGGCAAGAGUUCUUGGCAUGCUCUCACUCAAUGCAAUUCAAAUCUGGUCUACCCUCUGGUUUUUUAUCGGUUUCCUCUUCAGGCAUUUCAUUAAGGGGCUUGCCAUUUCUGGUAUCGUUUUGGGGGCGACUAUACCUGCUGCUCUGUGCAUAGACAUGCUUAAACUUGCCACAUUACAUCUUUCAACUCUUCAUUGGUUGAUCUCGCUUUUAUAUUCGCAGCAGAUCCAGGCUUUGGCAUCGCUGUGGCGCCUUUUUAGAGGUCUUAAGUGGAAUCCACUUCGGCAGAGACUAGAUAGUUAUGACUACACUGUGGAGCAACAUGUCGUUGGGUCUCUUAUCUUUACACCUAUACUACUACUGCUUCCAACGAGUUCGGUGUUCUACAUUUUCUUCACCAUUAUGAAUGCCAUGACCAGUUUCAUCUGUAUUCUCAUUGAAGUUGCUAUUUCAGUUCUUCACGCUACCCCUUAUGCUGAAAUUUUCCUCCGGAUGGUGAGGCCGAGAAGAUUCCCUUCUGGAAUAUGGUUCGAAAUCAUAUUGGGUCAGAAUAGCAAUAUGCCUGCUCCCAAGCUCAGCUUCUCUAACGAAGACUAUUCACCAUCUGCACAAGAAAGGAUGGCAGAGAAGAAUGAUAAGAAAGGAUCAGGAGAUAUGGUUUCUGUUCUUCGCAGCAACUUUGCAACUUUAGGCCAAGUUAUCUUACCUCACUAUAGGAAUGCUUUUCGUGGGGUUUCUCUAUCUUCUGCUGCUUCAUCUGCUUAUGGAGUUCUCAGUGGCCAAAGAAUCCCAUCCUCUUUGGGAACUGGUUUCCCUUCAACAAUGCCUUGGUUUUCUCUCAGCUUCAAACAGUAUUGGCGGCUAUGCCGUGAUUCAGUGCUCGCCGUCAGAUCAGAUCCAUGAUGUCUGCAGUCACAACGCGUCGGAUCCAACAAAGGGGGCCCUCCCAAUUUUCCUAUGGCCCCCUGUCAUGUUCUUCAGCAUUUAAUUUUGCUAGAAAAUCAGGGAGUCAUCAUCAAUGCACUUCUACGACAGACGAUGGAGUCAAGAGAAGAUUGUGCACUGGGAAGGUUUCUAGCAGCUUUAUACAUUGCACAGAUUGGAAUACCACAGUCCAUUCAUUGUAGCUGCUAUUAGAUUCUUUUGUAGUUUUGAGCUCAAGCAGUGCUUGGAAUCAUGGCAUGAUUUGGUGGGAUGUGUGAUCCUGAUCGUUCAUUCAUUAAAAAAAAUUCCUGAUUUAGGAAAAUCAA